CGUCAGAAUCAUUCGACAGAGCGGCGGAAAACGAAACAACGGACUGAUCCGUGCAGGACGAACACUUACGUUAAGCUUGCUGAACGUGUCGACGAGUUCUCCUUUGUCGGAUGUCGCGGAGACGGCCGAGGCCGAGCUGCCACGCUUGCCGCCGGCUACGUACGAGGAGAACGUCGACGAACGCACGCUGCCUCCAUGAUGCGGCUGAAAUCACGGAACGACACGCCUCACAACGCAACGAACUUGAAGCUUUGCUUAUGUAAGGAGGUGAAUCGAAAACGAGAAACGACUCAGCUGUUCAUGGGGGCGCUAGGGUUUUUCACAAAAUCGCCAACCACGCACAUGCAAGAUUUCUCCGCCUCCUUGGCCAGGUCUCUAGCGGGAGAACUCUGCGACAUGGCACGCGCUGACGUCAACAAGAAGGACGAUCUGCAUGCUAAUGGUUGA